CUCUCUCUAAUUUCCUUUUCUUAAUCUUCACUCCUAAAUUUCAAGUUUUACACUUGAUUUUCGAUAUCAAGUGUAUGUUAUAUCAUGUCGGAGGAGACUACAUUAUCGUUCUCGGUGGCUUCUGUAGUGGAAGAUGUUCUUAACCGGUCUCAAGCUCUUGAUCUAGACUCUCGUAGAGCCCAAGAAGCCGCGAUGAGAAGGUAUGAAGGUGCAGCUUGGCUUAGAAAAAUGGUGGGAGUUGUUGGUGCAAAAGAUUUGCCAGCCGAGCCUUCUGAGGAUGAAUUUAGGAUUGGGUUAAGGAGUGGUUUAAUUCUAUGCAAUGUGAUUAAUAAAGUUAACCCCGGAGCUGUGCCUAAGGUGGUUGAAAGUUCAUGUGAUUCUGCUGCUGUACCGGAUGGAGCCGCUUUAUCUGCAUAUCAGUACUUUGAGAAUGUGAGGAACUUUCUAGUAGCUGUGGAACAAAUGGGGCUCCCUACGUUUGAGGCAUCUGAUUUAGAACAAGGAGGAAAAUCUUCAAGAAUUGUGAAUUGUGUGUUAGCACUUAAAUCUUAUAACGAGUGGAAACAAUCAGGUGCAAAUGGGACUUGGAAAUUUGGGGGAACUCUAAAACCAACCACACCUAGCAAGCAAAUUGUGCGUAAAAACUCAGACCCGUUUACAAACUCUAUGUCAAGGAGUAUGUCAAUGAAUGUUCAGUCUCCGGAAAUGGAUACUAGCAAAAUGCCUCAUUCAUCCUUAACUUCGCUUGUUCGUGCAGUUUUAUUGGAUAAAAAACCUGAUGAAGUUCCCAUGAUUCUAGAAUCAUUGCUAAGUAAAGUCAUGGAAGAGUUUGAAUAUCGUAUUGCAAGUCAAGUUCAAUUGCAAAAAAAUUCUCCUAGGGAUUCCUCGACUUUUAAUGGAAACAGAACUCUUCUGAAACGUUCUUCUAGUGACAUUAAGGUAGAAGACAAAACUUCUACAAUGAUAACCAAAGAUAAAAUCUCUCAAAACAAGUCCAUCAUUGAUGAAGAAAAUAAAAGAAAGCACAUGAGAUAUCAAAUAUCGUUUGACGAACAACAAGAAGAUAUCAAGUUAUUGAGACAAAUGCUGUCAACUACAAAAGCUGGAAUGCAGUUUAUGCAGAAGAGUUUCCAUGAAGAAAUUCAGAACCUCGGUCAGCAUGUUCUCGGUCUAGCUCAUGCUGCUUCAGGAUAUCACAGAGUUCUUGAAGAAAACCGAAAGCUAUAUAAUCAGGUUCAAGAUCUUAAAGGAAAUAUAAGAGUCUACUGUAGGGUAAGACCAUUCUUAGGAAGACAGACAAACUUUACAAAUACCGUGGAUUACAUUGAGGAAGGAACAAUUGCUAUUAACACCCCACCAAAAUACGGAAAAGGACGUAGAUCAUUUAACUUUAACCAAGUUUUUGGGCCAUCAGCAACCCAAGAGGAAGUGUUUGAAGAUACUCGACCACUUAUACGAUCUGUUCUUGAUGGUUACAAUGUUUGUAUCUUUGCAUAUGGUCAGACUGGAUCCGGGAAAACACAUACAAUGAGUGGACCAAAAGAUCUUACCGAAAGUAGUCAAGGAGUUAAUUACAGAGCUUUAGGCGAUUUGUUUCUUUUGGCCGAGGAAAGAAGAGGAACUUUUCAAUAUGAUGUCUCUGUUCAGAUGAUUGAGAUAUACAAUGAACAAGUUCGGGAUCUCCUGAGUAACGAUGGUUUAAGCAAAAGAUUGGAGAUUCGUAACAAUUCACAGAAUGGAUUCAACGUUCCAGAUGCCUGCCUGAUCCGUGUAUCGUCCACAUAUGAUGUUAUUGAUCUGAUGAACCUAGGACAAAGAAAUCGGGUUGUUGGUGCAACUGCUCUCAAUGACCGUAGUAGUCGCUCUCACAGUUGCUUGACUGUACAUGUCCAAGGAAGGGACCUAACAUCAGGAGCUAUUCUGCGUGGUUGUAUGCAUUUAGUUGAUCUUGCAGGAAGUGAACGGGUGGAUAAAUCCGAAGUAACUGGAGAUAGAUUAAAAGAGGCACAACAUAUUAAUAAAUCUUUAUCGGCCUUAGGAGAUGUCAUUUCUUCCCUUGCCCAAAAGAAUGCACAUGUUCCUUACAGAAACAGCAAACUCACUCAGUUACUUCAAGAUUCACUUGGUGGGCAAGCAAAGACACUUAUGUUUGUUCAUAUAAGCCCGGAACUAGAUUCUAUUGGAGAAACACUUAGUACACUUAAGUUUGCAGAGCGGGUUGCUACUGUUGAACUUGGUGCUGCACGCGUAAAUAAAGACAGUUCAGAUGUGAAAGACCUUAAAGAACAGAUAGCCAAUCUAAAGGCAGCUUUAGCACGGAAAGAAGGUGAGCAUGAGGGUGUACAACACAGAACAAGCAUGCCACCGUCCCCUAUCCCUCCUAACUUACAAGGUGGAGAUAUGUUUACUGAGCCAAAGGGUAGAAAGAAGCCUACUGGAGACCUGGGCAACAUUGAGAUCAGUAAAAAGUAUAGAUCUAGACAGAAGACACAAAGCAUUGAUUUUGAUGAGCUGUUAGGAAAUUCACCUCCUUGGCCACCAGUGAGCAGCCCUGGUGAGAUGUACAACGAAGAUGAUAGAGAAACUGGGUCAGGUGAUUGGGUAGAUAAGGUCAUGGUAAACAAACAAGAUGGGUCACGUGGAACCAUAGGGUCUUGGGAGGCAGAAAAUUCAAGAAUUUCUAAUGGUUUUUACCAAAAAUAUCUUCCGGAACAAUCUUAUAACAUGUUCUCAUCUGGAAAUGGGUUUGACGUUGCUACGACUGAGGAUCUUGAUGAGCUUGAUGCUGCUACCAGCGACUCUUCUGAGCCCGAUCUACUCUGGCAAUUCAAUCACUCAAAACUUUCAAGCUUGACCAAUGGGACUAUGCCAAAACUUAGUAACUUAAAUGCAAAAACAACAAGCAGCAGGACAAUGAUUCCAAAUCGACUGCCUUCCCCUUCACGAAAAAUGGCAAAUGUGGCUAGUCACCCUCCACAACGAGCAGGGAGGCAAUUGGCCCCUACAGAAGUUAAAAGGAAAACAGGAAACAGAAAGUAGCAAAUGACAAAUAUGUUUUUGAUUUUCUUGUUUGUUAUUUGAUUCCAUUUUCUUUAGUAUAUAGAGAGUGAGAGUGAUGAGAGGAUUUACACACAUCUUUUUUGCUUUUUA